UCCUGUGAUAUAGAGAGGCUCUGGGCUGCAAACCGUCAAAUCCUUACCUCCCCUUCCACUGGGAGCAGGAUCAGGUUGCAUUUCUUUCCGUUUUCUUCACUCCUCGUUUUCUUGAUUGUUUCAAAGACGAGGUGGAGAAGAAAAGUCCUGUUUCAACACCUGGAAGAGAAACAGAGUAACUUCAAGUCUAUACUGAAAAAAAAAAUCCAUGCAAGAACUUUCUUCAGAGAUUUCACUCAAAUGUCUUACAAAAUGAAGAAAAAACAAAUUUUUUGGGCCUCUGUAUGUCUGCUACUCAGUCUUGCUCCUGGAACACUGAGUGAAAAUCCUGAAGAUGAUGAAGAAUAUACCAGCGUCUCAGGUACCUCCUUGCCACCACUCAAACUGCUGAAUUCCUUCUGCGCACUAAAGAUGGAUGACGGGCCCUGCAAAGCCUUCAUGAGGAAAUUCUUUUUCAAUAUUUUCACUCAGCAGUGUGAGGAAUUUAUAUACGGGGGAUGUGGAGGAAAUAAGAAUCGAUUUGAUAGUCUGGAACAGUGCAAAGAAAACUGUAUACCAGAUUACUCAAAGAUCGCUGCAGAGAAGAAUUUGCAAGGGGGAAAGCCAUUUUUCUGCUUUUUGGAAGAAGAUCCGGGUAUCUGCCGAGGUUAUAUUACCCGAUAUUUUUAUAACAAUCAAACAAAGCUAUGUGAACGUUUCAAGUAUGGUGGAUGCCUAGGAAACCGAAACAACUUUGAAACAUUGGAAGAAUGCAAAAGCACCUGUGAAAAUGAACCAAAUGAUAUCCAAGUAGAAGUUUACAGAACCGAGCCUCAAACUGUAAAAUAUGACUCUUUGUCUCUUCAGCCUACUAAAGUUCCCAAGCUUUGGGAAUAUCAUGGCCCAUCAUGGUGCCUCACACCAGCAGACAGAGGACUGUGCAAAGCCAAUGUAAACAGGUUCUACUUCAAUUUAGACACUGGGAAAUGCCAACUCUUUAACUACAGUGGAUGUGGCGGAAAUGAAAACAAUUUCACUACUAGAAGAGCAUGUUUUAGGGCAUGUAAAAAAGGUUUCCUGAAAAGAAUAUCAAAAGGACAACAAAUUAAAACCAAAAGAAAAAGAAAGAAUCAGUCAGUGAAAAUAUUGCACGAAGAAACUACUGUUGAAACAAUAUAAUUUUUUAUAUAAUACCAUGAAUUCUGCUAAAGAUUUUCCUCUGAUAAAAUACUACCAAUGAUAAGUUCAUAAAGCAAUAGUUUAGGCUUAUUGGACUUGUUAUUGAUUAGAAUUUCUUUCUUCACUCAUCAAUGUACUCAUUCAAAAGCUGUGAUUUAUUAACUAGCUACUGUGAAUUUAUUAUUUUCCCUUGGUCCUUUCUAUUUUCUAUUUAAAUAAAGAGUAUCUUAUAUUACUGGC